AUGACUCACUUUAGACGUAUAGCCUCAAGAGAGUUUGAAAAUAAAUGUUGGGAGAAUAAAUCAUACAAAUUGGUAGUUUCAAAGGAGCAAAGAUCCAUGCAGUCAACUAUGAACACUCUGCAGCAAAGUAAUGCAGGUCCCCCUGUCACUCCGUCAGUGAAAGACCUGGUGAGGGUUCUGUAUGGAGGAAAAAGGUUUGGAAAUCAUGUGGAUGAAGUUUGGCCUAACAUAUUCAUUGGUGACAUGUCAGUGGCCAAUGAUCGCUACAGUCUGUGGAAGCUGGGAGUCACUCAUGUUCUGAAUGUUGCUCAUGGGAGGAUGCACUGUCAGGGGAGUCAUGACUUCUAUGGCUCCACUGUGGAUUAUUAUGGAGUCCCUGCCGAUGACUCACCGUCCUUUGACCUCUCUCGCUAUUUCUUUCCCUCUGCUGAGUAUAUUCAGAGUGCACUUGUCACGGCUGGUGCUCGGGUGUUUGUCCACUGUGCAGUCGGCGUGAGCAGAUCUGCCUCCCUCGUCCUGGCCUACCUAAUGAUCCACCACCAUUACACCCUGCUAGAGGCCAUCAAUAAGGUCAAAGAGCGCAGAUGGAUUUUCCCAAACAGAGGAUUCCUCAAACAGCUUUGUGCUUUGGAUAUGAAACUAAGACAUCAUGAGAUCACACAUUCACCAGCAGACUCAAAAGGCAAGAGAAAGGAAUAUCUAAGUGUGAAGGAUCUGCAGAAGGUUUUGGACUCGUGCAAACUACAUCUCAGACAAGUUGAUGAGGUCUGGCCAAACAUAUACAUAGGGAAUGUGGCAGUAGCCCAAAACAAGACUACCUUGCUGAAAUUAGGUAUAACUCAUGUAUUAAACGCUGCUCACUCCAAGCGAGGCAGCAUAGGGAACCAAAGCUUUUAUGGCAACGGCUUUGUGUAUUGUGGCAUUCCAGCAGAUGACUCGACGUACUUUGAUCUGGAUGUUUACUUCAAGACUGCAGCUGAUUUCAUUCAUAAAGCUCUGAAUUCACCUGAUGGGAAGGUUCUGGUGCACUGCAUCAUGGGAAUGAGCCGGUCAUCGACCUUGGUGUUAGCCUACCUCAUGAUCCACCGUCACCUCCCGCUCAAACAGGCUUUGCAGAAAUUGAUCCAGAAGAGAGCCAUCUACCCCAACAGGAAUUUCCUGGCUUUGCUGUUGGAUCUGGAUCUGCAGCUGACAAGAAAAAAGAAAAUAUGUCAGAUCCUGUAAUCAAGAGAAGUUUACACUGUUCGGCCACACAGCCGCGUGGCGUCUAGAGAUGGGGGAUGCCAGUCAGUCCGUUGGUCCAACAGUCCAGACUGAAUUACUUCUAAUGGACUGUCAUGAAAUUCGGUUCAAUUUAUGACUGAAUUUCUGUGAGACUCAGCUGUACGUUGAGAUUAACAGGGAACGCUGCGCACUUAGUUAGCUUUUCAUUAGUAAGUUUGAUGCAUAUUAACAUGCUAAAUGUUAAUGGAAAGAUGCAAAAUGCAGAAUCAAUGUUUCAGCACAUACUGCCUUCAUCAAGUUAUUUGCGAAACAUUACUGCUAAAUAUUAGCAAGUUAAUAUAUUAAUGUUAUGAUAGUGGAAGGCUUUUGUAGGCUAAAUGUUUCAUGCUAACAGCAUGGUAACGUUCCAGUAAGCUAGUUGUUAAAAUGCAUGGAAGCAUGAUGGUAGUAUGUUAACACACGCUAACACAUGUUAGCGGUAACAACGUAGUAACAACAUGGCCGACCCUCUGGUGCCACCCUCAGGCCAAGCUUUACAUUGUUUACCUCACUAGCGGAAAAGAUCUAACAAGGAAUUACAAAGUUGUCUCUCAAUUCAAAUCAAAUUCAUUUUGGUUCUGGUUUGUAAUAAGCUGCAUUAUCUUCUAUCAUGGUUUAGGACAUUUCAUGUUUUUUAAAUGUUUUUAGUGAUUAUAAAAACAAAGAUCGUCUUGGAAACUAAUUGCAAUGUGAUGUGAAAACGGAGACUGAACGAUGAAUGACAAUGAUAAGGAGAUUUUAUGAACAAUUAUGUCUUUCAGUUACCUCUCAUUCUUGUAAGAUUUAUUUUUCUUCAGCAGAAUGGACCAAAUGUCUUACGGAAAAUGUUUUUACAAAGCAUUCUUUUUUUUGUAAACUCUGUAGAUGACUCAAAAGAUAAAACAUGUUUCUGCAAGUCAACAUUCAAACCAAGAUGGGAACUAAUCCACAGCAUCCGUCUUUAACAAGAUCACUGUUCGAUUCCUUUGGUGUUUGGUGUUGUCUUCUGCAACAUUAGAGAGGUCAGACACAAAAAGGUGCACACAUGCAUCAACCAUAUAUACAGUAUAUAUAUAUAGCGUUUGACAGCAAUGACUCCUCCCUGUUAUAUAUCAUUAUCUCUCAACCUCACUGUGUCACACGCAUAGUACAAUCUGAAUUAUACGGCAUGAUUUGUAUUGCUUUAGUCAAAAGUUAAAUUUCAAUAUAGGCUACGGGUUUCAGCUAUGCAUAUUUCAUUUGGUUAUAAGAAAAAUACAGUUUAUUAGGAAGUUCUGCAAAGAAUUAACUUCUGACAUACUAUUUAUGUUUUAGCCAAGACCGAGUAUGUCUAUAUCGCAGUUUUAAGUGUCAGCUUUUCUGUUUUAUUCACCAACUAAUCCACAGAUAAAGUCAAAGAGAAAGUCCUGACUUGACCAAAUAGGUGUUGAUUUAAACACAUUUCACUGUGGAGGAGAAUCUCACAGUCGAGGCUUUACGCUCAGCAGCACUGAUUUAAUUCUCUUGCGAGUGAAAAAGCCGUGUCCUAUCCUCCCUCCUGUGCUGGUAGCUCGGGUAACCUUAAAGGAAUGCAGACGUUGAUGCCAGAAUUAUUUUGGGCUGAGAUUCAGAUGUUAAAAUAGCAAAAAGGUUGCAGGGUAGAUUGCAAAGGAGAGCAUAGACAGUUGUGCUGUCGACCUACAUGUAGCUCUUGUAUAGAGAGACUUUGAAA